AUGGAUCCAGAUGCUACCGAGUCGACUGUUUUCCCCAACACCACCCUCGGCAUCCGGAGGGACGACGGGACUGAUGACGAUGAGUUAGACUUGACCUCCCUGGUCUUCACCGCGCUUACCAUCCUGAUCGGAAUUCCAGGCAAUUUAGUGGUGAUCUGGGUCGCGGGGAUCAAGCUCAAGGCAACGGUCCUCAACGUGUGGCUGGUCAACCUGGCGGUGGCGGAUCUCAUCUUGUGCUUCAGCCGAAUCCUCUCCCUGGUCAAGGAUCUGUUCCUGAACGAGUGGCUCUUCGGCUUGUUCAUCUGCAGGUUCAACGGUUUCUUCAAGUACACCAAUAUGUUCUGCUCCGUCUUCAUGCUGGCCAUCAUCAGCGGGGACCGGGCUGUCUGCGUGUGGUUUCCCGUGUUCACACGGAACCACCGCACGGUGUGCCUUGCCCGCGUGGUAGCCGCGUGCACGUGGCUGAUGGCGGCGGCAUUGAGUUUGCCCUUCUACUUCUGUCGAAUUCUCUACAAAGACAACAACCUGAUCCAGUGCAGACAGAAAAAUAAGAAAGCGCUCUACUUGAUCCGCUUCUUAUGCGGCUUCCUGCUGCCUUUCCUAGUCAUCCUGGGCUGCUACAUCCUGGCUGCGGUGGGCAUCCGCCGCAUCCACUUGGCGGGCAAGUUGCGUGCCCUUUGUUUGAUGGUCCUGCUGGUGCUGGUGUUCUUCGUGUGCUGGGCUCCGUACCAUGGCUUGCUAUUGCUGGAGAUGGUGGAUAGCAGCAACUCAGUUCACCAUACCUGGUUGCCCGCCACCAUUACUAUGUCCCACAUCAAAAGCUGCAUCAACCCACUUCUUUACUUCCUUGUGGGCUUUAAGAAUCAAGGGCGGUCCAAGAAGUCUGUGACGGGCCUGUGCAAAAGCGCUUUGAUAGACGGCGUUGAGAGACAGACGCCUCAGUCCAUUGACUCCGGAGAGAAUGUGUCUCAUUUAUGA